ACGUACCACCGACCUCGCGGCGCCACGCCUUUGCCUUCCGCCUCCUUCCUUUCCUGCCUUCGCCUUUCCGGCCCUCCCCGAAAGCGCGCCUCCACGAAGCAAUCCUCCAUUCCUCGUUCGCGUAGUAAUCGAGGAGCGCAUAAAGGAACCGCACGGAGAGUCCGCGGCGUCCCGGCAGGCACCAGCCCCUCCCCCGCCUUCCCCGCCGGCCCGUCGAGCUCGAGGCGUUUGAUCGGAUCAGAUCCUACGAGACUCCGAUCUCCGGGCAUGGCCGAAGGCGACGCGCCCGCUGCGGCGCCGUCGGUGGUCACGGCGUCCCCACGGUCGCCCAUGCCGCCGGAGACGCCGGCGACGCUGAAGCGGCGGCAGCGGGGGCUCGUGUCGCGGGUGUGGAAGGGCAUCUUCGGCGGCCGCGAGGACGUCGAGAAGCUGCUGCAGGCGCUGUCCAAGGAGGAGGAGGUCGUGCGGGCCCGCCUCCGCCGCCGCACCCGCGCCUCCCGCAACUCCGCGCACAACGUCCUCGCCCUCGCCGCCGCGCUUGAGAUUGUUGCAGUUGGAUAUGCUAUCAUGACUACGAGAUCACCGGACCUCAGCUGGCAGAUGAGGGCGGUCCGGGUGCUGCCAAUGUUUCUGGUUCCUGCUCUAGCUGGUUUAAUCUACUCAACCAUUACACGCCUCACCAAAAUGCUUGAUAUUAGAGACCAACAUACUCUUGAAAAGCUUCGAACUGAAAGGCAAGCUAAGAUUGAUGAAUUGAAGGAGAGAACAAAUUACUACACUACCCAGCAACUUAUACAGAGAUACGAUCUUGACCCUGCUGCAAAGGCUGCAGCAGCUACUGUUUUGGCAUCGAAGUUGGGUGCAGAUUCUGGAUUGAGAGUCUUUUUGGGAGAUGAAUCAAGCAGGGAUGCCGCACUGGGUAAAAGUAACAACAAUAAUCCUGGACAAACUACCGGACUUAGGCAAAGAAAACCAGCUCACUUAAACAAUGGCACUGGAAGGACCCAUUCGCCUGAGCCAUUUGACGGUUCAAACGCAUAUGAUGGUAAUGGAGAAGGUAGCCCCGGCACUCCAAAUCAGAGAACUGUUGAGCACUUCAGAGGUCCAGCUGGUAAUGACGGGGGAUGGCUUGCACGGGUGGCUGCUCUUCUUGUAGGGGAGGAUCCAACGCAGUGCUAUGCUCUAAUAUGUGGCCACUGCCAUAUGCAUAAUGGUCUUGCAAGGAAAGAGGACUUUGCGUUCAUCACAUACUAUUGUCCUCACUGCAAUGCCCUCAACAGUUCCCGGCAAAACGAGGACCAGGACUUGGUACCUAAUUCUGGCAAGGAGAGUCCUAGUUCUCAAUCCGACAUAAUCAUUGGCCAGGCUGGUGCAAGCCUUGCAAGCUCGGGUGCUGUAAGCCCUGUUACAAGCAGCCUACCAACCGUUGAAGAACUCUCUGCAGAAGAUUCUAGGGAGGAGAGCAGUGACCAACCUGCCAGUUGAACUCUUCAUUCCUUGUAGAUUUACGUAUGUGUGAAGUAUUGCAUCGGAUUUGUGUCGGGUUGCCAAAUUUUUGUAACUACCAUUGUAGCAUAUAGAGUACCAUACUUCGUGCAUAAUUGGUGUGUAGCAACUGGUAGCUCUUGGUGGUUUCAUCGCGGUUUACUAAGCCCCUAGAGGGUACCAGGACGAACGCCCACUUGCUGGUGUCUUGUCCCAGCGGAUGGGCCUGAAUGAUGAUGGGAUGAUCAUUUCUUUCACCCAUUUGUUUAUUGAGUGUAUAGUAUUUGAAACGCAUUCGACAUUA